AUGUGUGGCCUCAACAACUCGACAAUAACAAAUCUAGGCUCAGUUCGGAUCACCAACAUGGCCUUUAUAAGAACCUAUAGAGCUGCCGACUUCGAGGCGACAGCUCACAUUUGUCGAGCCACACUCGCGCCCUCACUACGACCAUCGCAAGAUGCCUACAGGAUGGCCCCCUAUAUCUGGACGCACCAGUACACACAUCUAUCACCGACCACGUGCUUCGUGCUCGACGACGGCACCGGUCGCGCGGUAGGCUACUGCAUCGGCUGCCCCGACAUUGCGACCUUUAUCGAGGCCUAUCCGCGCUACGUCAAGGACGUCCUCGAGACACGGGACGAGGUCGGGCCCGCACCACCCCCCGGGGCCCCGCAGCCCUUCACGACGGGCGACGGGCAGGUCGACGAGGUGUGCCUGCGACAGCUGGCGUACGACCCCGAGUGCCUCCUGAGGCGGGAGAAUGCAGACUUGAUCGACGAGCAGGGCUACUGGGGCACGAUGCACAUUGACCUGCUGGACGAGUGGCAGGGCAAGGGGUGGGGGCGGAAGUUGAUCGAUGAGUUUGUGGCGAGCGUGAGGGCGCAGAAGGCGGCUGCGAGUAAGGGCGUCUUUAUUGGCAUUGCGCCUGACAACGACAAGGUCGUGGCGUUUUAUGAGAAGAUGGGGUUCCGGAGGGUGGAUGGGGGAGGGUUGAGGAUGGUGCGAGAUAUCUAG